UGACCUCAGUGAGAAGUUGUUUUGUCACCUCGUUCCCAUGUUUCGAUUUCUGUUCAUGAGAAGCUAGACGGACUCGUAAAGACUAUGGCGACAUGUUUGUGCAGUAAUAAUUUAGUUCUGGUUCUAUUCAUUAUUUCGGUGCAUUGGGUUUACUGUCAGGAUGUCCAGUGGCCUCUUCACACAGUGUGCAACUCAGAUACACUUACAGUGUCCUACAGGAGCUGUGACAUUUUGCAGGAUGUGGGCUUCACUUUCCUCCCUUGCCCUAACAAAUUAACAGAUCCUGCAAAUUUGAGAUUGGCUUUAUUACUGAGACAGCCCAUCGAUGAGUUGUACCUAUCAGCUGUGCUGUUGCUGGGGGGCAUAGAAGUCUUCAGAAGGAACGAAGCCCUCUGUCCUCCUCAUUUUCCCCGUUUCACAUUUUGUGGAAGCAGGAGAGGAGAACUGAUCACCAUCGAUUCAUCAUUUAAUUCAAUAACAGAUCUUCCUCUUAAGGGUGACUUUACAUUUCGGGUGACUGUAGUAAAUCAAGAUAAUUUUCAGAUUGCCUGUGUGAAUGCAACUCUCAGCAUCAUGUGACGUCAUAAGAUUGGAGGACCUGUUGUUAAACAGAUGAGAACAGGACCCCUUUUUUCUUUGAAUUAAAAAUUUAAGCAUAUUUUGUCAAAUCUGUUGAGUAAAUAAUAAAUCUGUUUUGCAUUGUUAACCACUUUGUGGACAGUUUUGAAACAACUUUAACAUAAAGAUAAUUUAGAUAAUAUGGAUAUGUCAUAUAACUUGGUUAGGAUUGGACAAUAUUUGGUCGAGAUGCAACUAUUUGAAAAUCUGGAAUGUGGUGGUGCAAAAAAUA